GAAGAAAAAUAUAAAAUAGGAAAAAAAGGAAUAAUAAAAAUAUGACAAAAGAAGAAAAAGAAGAAGAAGAAGAAGAGGAAAUAGGAGGAUGAGGAGGAGGAAAAAGAAAUUAUAAAAAGGAGAAAAGAAUUGCAACAACGAAGGGUCUCCUCGGAAGAUAUAGAAGAACGUUGCUCGUGAUAUCGAUCUCCGAUUGAUCGAUCGAUCGAUCGAUAUAUAUGAAAGCUCUCUUGUCGGGAUAAAUACGACACGUAUUAUGAACAUACAGGUGUACUAAACCUCGACAGUAGUUAUACAUGUUCGAUCGUUGUCGCUUUGCAACGUAACGACUCGCGUCUCACGAGAAACCCUUUCAAGCCGUCCAACCGUAGGAAACUUCGUAGACGAUACGAUACAUUCGGCCGUAUCGAUUCUCCCCUUAAACAACCACCCACCCACCCAUCUACCCACUCACUUACCAUUACUCCCUCACUUACUCCAUUCUUAUCCCUCUCUCUCUCUCUCUCUCUCUCUCUCUCUUUCUCUCUGUCACACAAACGUAAAGCAGAGUCAGAGAAUUUUUUAUUCUCUCUCUAUCUAUCUAUUUAUCUAUCUCUUUCUCACCUUCACCAAAAACUCGAUCGACAAAUAAUAAUAAUAAUAAUAAUAAUAAUAAUAAUAAUAAUGAUGAUGAUGAUGAUGAUGAUGUCGAGUUAAAAUCAUUCCUACUUCUCGUUCCUUUUAACUUCGACAAGAGAAAAAGAUUUUUGGAAGUGGCAUUAUCAUCAACCGCGAAGAUCGUCUACAAAAGAUUUAAUAGAAUUAUUCAACACUCGAAGAGUCAAAGGAUCGAUCGAAAUAUAUUCUUUCUUUAUGAUCGUUUAAGAUCGAUAUCGAUCGAUGAUAUUUAUAGAUAGAUAUUAUUUACCGAACGAUUCAUCAUUCGAGAGACUCACGUAUCUAUAAACUACACUACUAUUCAAGAUGAUUAGAGAGAUCAAGAAUGGAAGAAACGAAGAUCCAAAAGGGAAUCCUUCCUAUGGAGGAUGUCCACAGUUUCUGUUCGGAAUACGGCGGGGCGUUAGCGACGAUUUGAAUUCGAGCGCCCUUCGCGCCAUUCGUUACGGCAGAUGCACGAAGGUCAAAAGUAUUUUAAAAAUAAGGCCGUAGGCAUUGGCAGAUUGGUAUGGCAGUGGACGUUAAGGGUCGGAUGGCGUUGUAAUGGCAAAAAGUUUGCGAAAGGGUCGGGAUUGGAGAUAGACAAGAUGGACCAGCAGUAUUGCCUACGGUGGAACAAUCACCCAGCCAACCUUACUGACGUUCUCAGUUCACUGCUUGCCAGAGAGGCACUUUGUGAUGUUACCUUGGCAUGUGUUGGAGAAACUUUUAAGGCACACCAGACGAUACUCUCUGCAUGUAGUCCAUACUUUGAGACUAUUUUCCUCCAGAAUACCCAUCCUCAUCCAAUUAUAUUCCUGAAGGAUGUCAACGAUACAGAAAUGAAAGCAUUGCUGCACUUUAUGUAUAAGGGAGAAGUAAAUGUUAGUCAGCAUCUAUUACCGAUGUUCCUCAAAACAGCAGAGGCAUUACAAAUCAGAGGCCUCACAGAUAAUAGUGUAAAUAACAAGACAGGAGAAAAAAGUCCGUCGCCAGAGCCAGAAGCACAAACCGGUGGCAGGCACACCGAUUCGCCUAAUCUCCAAUCACAUCCUGAAAAGAGGAAAAGAAAAUUUUCUGGCAGCUAUGAUGUUUCUCUUACUGGGCCUCCUAGCGAAAGAUUCAUGUCUGAUUCACAGGCAUCUUCGCAAUGUAAUUAUAAAUCAAGUCCACCUGUUAUUCCAAAGGUAAAUAAUGCCCUGGGAACAGAAUUAGAGGAUGGUGGUCGACCUAUGUCUCCUGCAUCUCAACCACAAGCUCCUAUCAAGCAAGAAUUAGACCACCACUUAUCUGAUUUCCAUGACAAUAUCUCCCUCCCAACUAAUGUGGAGUGGAUAGUUCGAAGGGAUGGGAAGAGUGACGAAACAGUGGAUGUACAGAACAUGACUCCCAAUCACCAAGAUUCUUCUGUGAUGCGAGUUUCACGAGAAAAUACCAUCAUGGCUGGAGGUUCUUUGUGUAUCAAUAUGUCAGGAACUAUGCGAGAUUUUGAAGAUCAACAUAACUCUUUACAAAGUCGUAUCUUGCCUAUUAACACUGAACAUUCUGAAUAUAAAAACGACGAAGUAGAAAAUAAUUCACAGUAUCUGCCUUUAUCUGAAUGUAAUAAAAAUAUAAAAUUAUCGUUAAUUAAUAAUAAUGAUCAUUUGGGAUCGGUGAGAUUAAAUAGUACACAACAGGGAAUGUCAGUGAUACAAUCUACUUUGAGCACUGCUUUGCAACGUAAUACUCCUCAAGGUAGAAAGGCUGGUAGAUUUAAGCUUGGUUGGUUAGAUAUAUAUCCUUGGCUUCAAUAUGAUGAACAAUGUAAUGUUAUGUAUUGCAAAUAUUGUAGAAAAUGGAGUGAUUCGAUUCCAGAAAUACGUACCUCUUUUGCUGCAGGGAAUGGUAAUUUUAGACUUGAAAUUAUAAAUCAUCAUGAUAAAUGCAAAGCUCACAAAUUAUGUGCAGCUAGAGAAAGUGAUACUAAAGAAAGUUACACAUAUAUAAAAAGUACUUGUUGAUUACUUGAUAUGACAAGUUUUAUAUUUGUCAUCGGUUCAUACUUAUAAUUUUUCAUAUUAAUUCAUAAUAUUACAAAAUAUAUAGAGAAAAACAUAUUUUUAUAUCCAAUAUACAAAUAUGAUUGUUUCAUGAAUUGUACUUAUUAUAUUGUAUGAUGCAAUCAUAUCAAUAUGUUGAA